UGUUAAGUUCUAGUUUCUAGGAAUUGGUCCAUUUUUGUCUGUAGUUAAACUCAUUGACAUAAAGUUCCUUUGGUUUUUCUUCUGUAGUGUACAUAAUCUGUAACUAUGUCUCCUUUUUCAUUGCUAAUACUGGUGAUUUGUGCCUUCUCACUUUUUUUCUUGAUCAAUCUCACCAGAGGUUUGUCUAUUUUAUUAGUCUUUUCCAAGAACCAACUUUUAGCUUUGCUCCUCCUCUCUAUUGUGUCUUUGUUUUCUAUUUCUUUAAUUUCUGCUCUUAUCUUUUUUGACCUUCUUCCAUCCACAUUUUUUGGGUUUAUUCUGUUGUUUUUCUUCUGA